AUGCAGUCAUUUACUGCGGAUCGCCGGCCGACGCAGGCGGUGUCGCGCGCCGCGAUCCGCGACCCGGAACACCGGAAAGCGUUCCGAUUCGAGCACUUCAACGCCAUGCAGAGCGCCUGCUUCGACGCCCUUUACAACUCCGACGCAAAUUACGUAAUUUCAGCCCCCACGGGCUCCGGAAAAACCCGCCGCAGCGCCCAAGACCGCAGCCACAGGCAAAGAGUCAUUUGCCUGUGCCCCACGAAGGCCCUCUGUGCAGAGCGAGCUCGAGAAUGGUCCGAUCGUCUGGGGCCUCUGGGCAUGUUUUGCUUCGAGUGGGUCUUCUUCUUUGCUGCUGCAGCGCAGCAGCAGCUGCAUUCAACCUUGCUGCUGCUGCAGCAGCAGCAGCAGCAGAUGAACUCAACUUUGCUUCCCAGGCUCACCGCCGACACUCUGGAGUCACCGCAGGCGCUGCCGCGCGCGCUGGCUGCUGCAGACAUCAUUGUGGCCACCCGGGCCCCCAAAGCCCCGGAAAAUGGGUUUAAUGGAGCUUUUUGGAGCCAGUUUGAACGCAGUUUGGACAAAAAAGUCCCCGAAGUCUUCAAAGCCCACAGCCAGGGCCGCCCCGCCCUCGUUUUUUGCGUCACCAAAAAGGGCUGCGAAAACGCCUGCGAGGCCCUCGCCCAGGCGGGGCUGCUGCUGGUCUGCAGCAGCAAGCAGCAGCAGGUGACGGUGAUGGUGGUGAUGGUGGUGAUGGUGAUGGUGGUGGUGGUGGUGGUGAUGAUGGUGAUGAGGAUGAGGACGCUGCUGCUGCUGCUGCUGCUGCUGCUGCUGCUGCUGCUGCUGCUGAGGAAUGUGCUGUUGCUGCUGUGUGUAGAGCUGGAAAAGCUGGCGAAAAUAAUGGACUCGAAAUAUGCGAAAUAUAUUCGAAAAGGAAUUUGUGUGCAUCACUCGGCGCUGCAGCAGCAGCAGCGAGCAGCAGUGGAGAGCCAGUUCUUGCAGGAGAACAUUCGAGUGCUCUGCACCACCAGCACUCUGGCCCAGGGAGUCAAUCUGCCGGCGAGACUUUGCAUCAUCAAGAGCACCUUCGCCUACAAGGAAGGCGUCUACAGGGAAUACGACGACAUAGAAAUGCUGCAGAUGAUCGGAAGGGCCGGAAGGCCCCAGUUCGACUCCUGCGGAGUGGCGGUGAUCAUGACGAGCGAAGAGAGCUGCGAGCGGUGGAAGCAGCUGUCUUCGGGUGUACAGACAGUCCAUUCCAAGUUGAAAUUCGAAUUUAUUGAACAUUUAAAUGCCGAAGUCUUUCUCGGAACUGUGCGGAGUUUGCAAGGGGCCACGGACUGGUUCGACGCCACUUUCUGGGGGGUUCAGACGCGAGCUGCAGCAGCAGCAGCAGCAGCAGCAGCGAGCCCAGCAGCAGCAGCAGCAGCAGCAGCAGCAGCCACCCACGCUGCGCACCAGAUGUACAAACAGGAACUCGACAAACUAGUUUCGCUGGGGCUGCUGCUGCUGAGCAGCUCGCAGCAGCUGUGCUGCAGCGCAGCAGGAGCAGCAAUGGCGCGCUGCAGCACGAAGCUGGAGACCAUGUCUUCAUUCUUGGCCGCGGAUCUGGACUCUUUGGAAAAAUUGGAAACUCAAGAUCUCCUCAGAGCCCUUUUGGAGCUGCUGGCAGCAGCAGCAGAAUUCAACGAGCUUCCUCCCAAACGGGAGCAGAAGCGCGCGCUGCGUGAGGUGUCCAGACACCCGAAGAUGAAGUGGGCGCUGAAAGAAGGCGGAAUAAAUUCAAAAGAAAAAUCUUUUGUUUUGAUGCAAGCAGCUCUUUGCGGAGUUCGAGUGGAGCAGUGGGAGCUGGAGUCUCAGAAGUUCAGUUUUGCGAAGAUCGGGGGAGUGCGCGCUGGCGAAGGGGAAAGGAAAGAUUUACAGCUGUCUGCAGCUGCUUUCCCGGAGCCUCCGAACCCGAAUUCCUUGGGACGCCACGGAGCAGCUGACGCAGCUGCCGGUCUGCAGCUGCUUUCCCGGAGCCUCCGAACCCGAAUUCCUUGGGACGCCACGGAGCAGCUGACGCAGCUGCCGGGCAUUGGAGAGCGGAUGUCUGCGCAGCUGCGCGCCAGCAACAUUUGCACUUUGGACGAAUUUGCUGCUGCUCCUGCUGCUGCAGUUGCUGCUGCAGUUGCUGCAGCAGCUGCUGCUGGUCUAGGGAGGGGCUCAAGGCUGGAGGCACUCCUACAACUCCAAAGGACUUGUGCUGCUCUCCCGCGGCUCAUUUUGAGUCUGCAGCAAAAGGGGGAAGUUGGCAGAAUAUCUUUGCUGCUGUUUACGCUGCAAGAUGAAGCCGGGGGGCCCCCGGGAGCGACCCCCAGCGAGGCCCCACCUGCUGCAGCAGCAGCAGCAGCAGCAGCAGCAGCAGCAGCAGCAGCAGCAGCACUUAGGAUAUCCUAUCAAAUCAUUUGCUACUCAGAAGGCGGGGGAGUUCAUUUAACUCGAAGAGUCUUCGGGACUUCUUUGCAAGAUCGCCAAGACUUGUAUUUCAAAGUGCCAAAAGCUGCUGCUGUCACUUGUGUUGCGCUGUGCAGAGAAUUCGUGGGGCUUGACGUCAAGGAAGAAAUGGCUGUCAAAUGCCCUGCAGCAGCAACAGCUGCUGCUGCUGCUGCUGCUGCUGCUGCUGCUGCAGUGCCGCGGCCUCUCGUCGAUUCGCUGCAGCAGCGACCGCAAUUUGCUGCAGGCGCCCAAAGCCAGAUUGCUUCCAACAGCUCUUCUGCUGCUGCUGCUGCUGCUGCUGCUGAUUGUCCCAGGCGUGGACCCGUUGCAGCAAGCCACUGCAACAGCAGCAGCAGCAGCAGUGGCUGCAGCAGGGCCCCUGCAAGGGGAGGGAAGCCAAACCCUGCAGCAGCAGCAACAGCAGCAGCAGCGCACAGCACGGCUGCUGCUGCUGAGGCCUCUAGACAGCAGCAAACCGCCAGAAAGAGCUCAGCUUUUGCAUGCGCCAACUUAAUUGCUGCUGAAGAAAGCAUGGAGGCCUUCGCCUAUAUGGAAGGCGCAGCAGCACGCAGCAGCUGCUGCAGUGGCUUUGUUGCUGCUGCUGCUGCAGCGCCAGCAGCCUGCCACGACACAGAAGACACACCAGCAGCAGCAGCAGCAGCAGCAGCAGCAGCGGCUACUGCUGGGGAGCAGCAGCAGGGAGGGGAGCGCAGCAAGAGGAGCUUGGGGGCCCCCCUUGAAGGGGAGGGGCCCCCCAGCAAAAGGCUGCCGCGUUCUCUUGCGACUUUGCGCAGCAAGACUGCUGGGGAGUGCGGCAGCAAAGAGUGUCGGCGGGAAAUGGAGUUGUUUUUGGGGUCUUUGGACUUGUGA